AUGUCAUACGACAGGAUGCAGUUAAACUACUUGAAAGGUGCGCGACUGUCAGAAACUAGCACUGUCAAAAUGCUCUCUGUAUUGAAGGCGCUAGCACAAUGUCAUGUCGUCCUGGGACUGAUCAUGCUGAUUUUGUCAACGUUAGCUGACUAUGUAAGCAGUCGCAUUAACACAAUCCGAAUGUAUGGACUGGAAGAAUGCUGCUCAUUUUACUUCAUUGUCACCGGGUGAGU